AUGUACAAGUCUAAUAACAAUAUGAAUGAUAGUGCCAAUGCUUUGCUGAAAGCUAAUUCUGUAUCGAAGAAUAAUCAGGCAAAAAUGAACAGUAUUCAACAAAUCCAUAAUAUCUCUAAUAAUACUACUACCAAUAACAAUAAUAAUAGUAAUAACCAUAAUACUAGUGGGAAUGGCAACAAAACUAACGAAAAUACUUUAACGCAAAAUCAAUCUAAUAUUAACACAUCUAAAAGUGGUGUCCUUUUAACCCACAGUACAAAUUCUCAAGAUUUGAAUAGUUUAACAAAUGCUGCCGCUAUGGCUGCAGCAGCAUGUUAUAUAAAUCCACUCAGCCUUGGAAUUAACCCUCUAGCCUCCCUGCCAUAUACGCCUAAUUCAUCGUAUAUAAAUGGAACAGGAUUACUUACUGAUCUAUUCAGUGGUACACCAGCACAACAAACAACUCUUUCAGCCAGCACACUGUCUGAUAUGAAUUCUACAAAUACAAAUUAUUUGUCGAAUUUUUGGCCUAUUAUACCACCAUCAGUUUCUGGUCUUUCUUUGCCUACACCCAACUAUGCAUCUCCUUUAAUUGUUGGAAAUCAAACAUUGUGUCGUCAAAAUACAAAUGUACCACGUUUCUCUACCUACUAACUACAUGUAUGUAUAAGGUGUACGUUGCCCUAACCAAAACUAUACUUUAUAUAGUCAAUUUAUCUUAUCUUGAUCAUAUUUUUCAUUUCCUUUGUUGUAUAUAUUUAAACAAUAUAAUAGCAAAGUCAAAAUACCGCCAUAGCUAAAACCAUGGUGACACAAGACGACCAAUCAGAAUUCAAAUGCCAAAAAAGUUACGUAAUCAUUAGCAGAUACAUUACUGAAACAUUGCAAGCAUGACAGACACUACACUGUAUAUUUGUUGUUUAUGUAUUGUAAAAAUAUCAUCUUCCAGUCACUACACGGGUGAUCUAACUCUGACCCUAAAUCCAACAACCUUAAUCUUAAAAGUCAUAAACCUACCUAACGGUAUAAAUUUACAGAGAAAGUGGUACUAGUAAAUAAGGCAGGCAGACAGGCGGGCAGAUAUGAUUUGAUUUGGACUGAUAUUUCAUAGCAUUCUCCGUGUCUGACUGGUUCCUGAUGGUCAACACUUCUGAAAGACCUUGACAUUGGUAAUAAUACUUCGCCAAUAUCACAAUAAUUCUCUGCAUUUAAAUUUUAAAUUCUAUUAUAGACAAAAUAUAUAUUUGUCACGUCUUAAAAUUAACUUAUAUUUCGUUAUUUGUUAUACUACUGAAUUUUGCAUUUUGGGUGAUUCUAAUUUAUUUUUUUUCAUUUUAUUUAUUUAAACAAAAGUGGAGAAACAAUGUUUCCUUAUCUACUUAUUAAAGCAAUGCUAUACUUUUCAAUAAUAUUUUGACUUUAAACAAAGCAAAAGUACAUAUUAUUUGUUUGACUUUAAUUUUAAUUUUGAAAUGAAAAUCUGUUAACUUAUUUAGUUUCCUUUAUUUGAACAUUUCUUAUUUACUUACUACUUAUACUACUGAAAUAGCCUAAUCAGUAUUACUGGAAUAUAAAAUGAAAAAAGCACUAAAUGAGUAGUAUACAUUGUCUUAUUUGUUGUAUAGUAAAGAGAAAUACUUUGAGGAAUUAUUGAGUAUUUGAUAUUGACAGCUUGAAGAAGUAAUUAUAAUAAUUCC